UCACAGUGGCUGUUAAGUUGGGGAAGUGGUCAGUGUAUGUAUACAAUUUGAGGCUUGAAAAAAAGCAUCUUUAUAUUAAAAUCUUUACAGAAAUAAAACCAGGGUCUGUACCAUUCAGCACAAAAUUCUAAAUGUGCUAUGUAAAUUUUUAGAGCUUCUAUACCCAUGCAUAGGCUACACCAGUAGUCCGUCCAUCCAUCCGUCCAUCCAUCCAUCCAUCCAUCCAUUUUCUGUAACCACUUGUCCUAUUCAGGAUGGCAGGGUGGCUGGAGCCUAUCCCGGAGGUUACGGGUGCAAGGCAUGGAACAAGCCAGGGUGGGGCGCCAACCUGUCACAGGAUACACCAGUAGUCCCCAACUGUUUGUUGGGGUGGUCUGUGAAUCCAAAUUAAAUACAAAAAAAAAGUGUAUAUCUGUCCAGAGUCCUCCAGCUGGUAAUCCUUGGACUACGCGAAAAAACUCUGGUCAGCUUAUGCCGUUUCGCAAGACAAACAUCACGUCAUCGCUUUGAGACGUUAGCUUAGCUGAAUCUGUUCAGCCUCGAGCAAAGGAGACAAAUGGCAUGAUCCAGGUAUAUAAUAUUUUAACAGGUCUGGAUACUGCUCAACCAAAUAGUUGUUUCGAUAUUAAUUCAAAUACAGGAAGUCGUGGCCAUAGGUGGAAAUUAGCGUGAGAACAUUUUAAACUGGAUUUGCGAAAACACUUCACAAAACUUCCUGUUAGUGUAGCGCAAGCUAAAACCUUGGGUUCCUUUAAAUCCGAACUAGUUAAGAUUUUAACUUUACGCUAUUUGUUGCCUUCUCCCCAAUCCAGGGUUACCAUAUUUGCUGAUAAUGGCGAAACGAAAAAGAUGACGUGUUCAGGGAUCCGAAUAUUAAGUUUUCACGUUCACCAACCAAUCAGGUGGCGCCUCUCAUAAAUAUUGCAGAAUUUCCAGUAACCACUGACGUAUAACAACAGAUAGUGGCAGUAAUCAUGUGACACCCAUUCCCCUAAAUUUGACAUGGUAUUAAGCACAUAUUUGCUCGAUUUGAAUUUUAAACUCGUAUCAACUUGUCCCAAAGUAAGGUCAUUUAAUGCCAUUAUAUUUAGACGGUGUAAUUUGACCAACACUAGUCUAGAAUAAUGGGCCCUUGAAUUAUUUCUGGUGUAAAAGUCAGAUUUCCACAGUCACUAAUAUGUAUAAAUCGAGCUAAAGUGCCGUGCUUGCGACAAAAGAACCAACCCCAGGCUACGAUCCUUGAUUGCCUAUUUGAAUCCCUGAAACACAAACAACAUUACAUAUUACAGUGAAUUCCCUCAUAAUCAUAUAUGUGACAAAAAAAAAUGUGGUAAAGAAGGAACAACCAACCAAAAGCAGGGCAACGGAGGUGCGUCUUGUGGGUGUCGCAAUAGGCCUACAUAUAUACUUAAAAACGAAAGCUGCCAGCAAGACACCCAAACUUAGACGACUCAGAUUAUCCAGGAGCUCGGAACACGGGGAAGACAAACACUGGACGUUCAGCUACACACACGGAACCUGGAAAAGGAAAUAGCAGCGCCAUUAAAAACAAUCACGACUUGCAGGCAAUCGUCGGCCGUGGAGAGAUCUGAACGGACAAGAAAACCGUAAGAAAAUGGCAAAAAAGGAGGUUAUCGCGAUUGGAUUGGAGCUGCGAACUAUCGGAGACCUUAUCGACUUGAAGUGCAAGAUCGCCAAUCUUGUUUUAAGAGGAAACUCUGCAAAAGAAGAUCACAAAGCGAAACCGAGGAUAAACGUAAAAACGAACAAUUCUGCAGAGCAAUGAUCGACAUACCUCCUUAAAAUGGCAUAAGUGCUUUCGUACGAUUACUCGACUUUGGUCAUAAGAACUAAACAUAAAAUGUGAACAACGUAUACUGUGCUGUCGGACCCAACAUGAACUACACUGGAUUAAUAUUAAUGCUUACGUUGGAAAUUUACGCUUUCAAGGAAUGAAUCCGUUUCUGUUUCCAAACGUAGCUCCAAGUAGCUACGUCGACGAGUUUUCAUCUUUGCUUUUAAAACUGAAACUUUUUUACAUUUCUAUUCACCCUAAUAUUGUUGUUGUUGAUAGACUGGCACCAUGUGCAGAAUGUACCCCCGAAACGUAACUGCGACAAAUGAUUGUUGCUGUUCUAGUAUUUUUGAUUGGAAUAUUUUUAAGUAUAAUUAUUAAUCUAUUAUUUUUAAACUUGUUAAAAAUAUUGUGGUUUACGGUUUUAAAAUGUUACACUCCUUGUGGUUAUUUAUUGCUUUAUUUUAUUCUGUGUAUUUUUAUAAAGAAAUAUGGAUUAAUCGGAGAGCGUGGGUGGAUGAUUGCUAGAGUUCUCGCGUGUUUCUGACGUUUGGAUGAUGAGUUAAGAUAUUUGCACUGUCGCUGAUAAUUUGAAAACGCAUAAAAGUUUUAUUUUUUUAAUAACAGGGUAUAAGAGACUUUAUUUUAUAAUUUUUAAUAGCAAUUUUGAUUAUUUAUUGUGUAUGCUGAAGAGACAGUUACGUAAUGGCCUUGUGAUUAUUUCUUAUUGCUUUAUUAUUCUAUGAUAGGUGUGUUCAUACAUCGGCCUAUAUAGCCUACUAUUCGAAUAUAAUGGUCUAUAUUCAAAAUUUUGAAUUUUUUAUUUAUUAUUAUCGCACUUAUUUAAAAUAAAAAUAAGUAAUACUGUGAGUACUGAUUCCUGUUUUUGUCGAUCAAAUGAUACAACCUUGCACAGCUAGUAUAGGCUAUUGUCUAGACAACAAUUCGGCGGACCUAUUAUACAGUUACAUCGCUUUCAGUACGGACGAAUUUUGCCGAUGGACUCAAGAGCUACAUGUGGUAUCCAGGAUUCCAGUAUUACUGAAAACCGGCGGUGAAUGUCAACGAGCUCCCAGCUUAACGGCUAUGCCACAGCUCAGUCGAGGCGCAAGUUCUGUCAAGGAGGACACACCGCCGAUCGACGGCAGUAGGAGACACCGUUGGGGCUUGGUUGUAACGGGCUUCGUCGGAGGAACACUCAUUGCGCUGUACGCCAUCGCAACGCCGUUUGUAACGCCCGCAUUCCGGAAAGUGUGCCUUCCCUUCGUGCCAGCCACGCCGGCCCAGGUCAAUAACGUCCUGAAGCUCCUCCGAUACCGGACCGGUACGCUGGUGGACAUAGGAAGUGGAGACGGCAGAAUUGUGAUAGCAGCUGCCAAACAAGGCUUUCAGGCAGUUGGCUUCGAGUUAAAUCCGUGGCUGGUUUGGUACUCAAGGUACAGGGCAUGGAAGGAGGGGGUCCAUCACAACGCCACCUUCUACAGAUCGGAUUUAUGGAAGGUAAAUUUUUCUCAGUACUCCAAUAUUGUGAUAUUUGGCGUCCCACAGAUGAUGGUGCCGUUGGAGAACAAGCUGCAGUUGGACCUGUCGGGUGCCGCCAGGGUGGUGGCCUGUCGCUUCCCCUUCCCUACGUGGGAGCCCGAUGCCGUAACCGGGGAGGGGGUAGACGCCGCGUGGGCAUACGACUCCAAGUCCUUCAGAGAGCCACGGGCAGAAAUGGGAGUUGCCAAGGACUGCGGGGACCUAAAAACCUAAUUGUGCUUCCCUGGCAAGCAGCUAAAACCUGGCUCAUCCAUUGAAAGUUACCUUGACUUGUAUGAGAAUAAUCCUUGAUAAAACAUUAAGAGCGAGCAUCAGAUCACUCCGUGUAGGGCUUAUCUAACAGCCGACACAAAUUCUGCCCUGGGGAGCGUGUUGACAGUGUCAGUUAAUGCUCCCUGGCACUGCUCCCCCCGGAUCAGUUUGAGCGCCAGUCAGUCGUGUCCCUCAUCCAAACUGACCAAAAUACCCCCGCUUCAAACACUUGACACAUCGCAUUUCUGAAGCCUGGAAAGAAGCUCUUUGGUUCAUUGGGCCAAAGAUCCAUGAUGCCAUCCAGGAGUAGCCGUUGAUCACCUUCUGUGACACCAAGUCCGUUUCAUUUUUGAAGAGCUGCACAGAAGGAGAAAAGUAAUAAAAUGACAUCGCUUGUGAUAUUUGUGACUGUCUAUUCUGUGCUCCAUGGGCCAUGCUGAUAACCAUCAUCAAACAGAAAACACUCCUCAUUUCCAGGCAUUAAAAUGCAUGAAAUAUUUUAAUUGCAAUUUUUUGAUGAAAGAUGCUAGAUGAAUGUUCAUAAUACUAUCUUUAAUUUAUUCUGAGAUUGAGCUAAGAUGCAUACAAACCUUAGCGCAAGCUCAGCAAGCAGCUUUUGUUUGUAUUGCACUGUUAAUGACAUGGUUUGUACAGUAUAUAGUACAGGCAGUCCUCACUUAAUGACCUACCUGUAUAACGACCGCCUGGACUUACAACCAGCUCUCCCAGCACUCGGUAUUUUACGCUGUAAGAGAAAUUUGGCCGUGGAAACGGCAGCGCUGCGUCUCAGCGUCAAGCAUCUCAUCUCACAUCACUCAGUCUCAGUCUUGAUGCCACAGUCGCUCAGUAUUCACUACAAUAGUGUUCGCAAUCUCCAAGGCUACUUAUUUCGUAUAUAAAUUUGUGUUAUUGGGGAUUCAGCCCGCAUAAUCGGAGUGUCAGCGGAGAGGCAUCAAGCGCGGACGUAGAAGCAGCCGGAACUUCUGUUGACCAAUUUGAUUAAAGCAUCAAGAUAUGCAAAUUAAGACAAAGUUAUCAAGUUGGAGUUCCCUUUAGACCUUUUCUUUAUUCAGAAUAAAUAAAAAUUAUUACCUUUAUAUACAGUAUGCAAACUUAAGUAAUGUAUAUUACAUUUGAUUCCCUCUGUUCUGUUUAUUACAGUAUACAGUACGUACAUUAGUUUAUAAACAUUUAUAAAUAUACUAAAAAUGUUAUUAAUGAUGCAAAGGUAACAUUAAAACAACAUCUAAAGAUGGUUGACACAAACCCACUACCAGUACAGUGACCUUGAAAUAUCUGUAAGGGGCAGCUCCUCUGGUAUCACCGGGUCCAUGUCUAUGUAGCGAUGCUACUCGUAACAGUCAUUUUAAAACAUACUCAAACAAAAGCAAACAAAGAUAGCAGAUAUUACCUGAAGAUAGAACCUCAGGAAUGCGCUGGCUCACCAUUCUCAGCCAUCUGUCCUCACAAUUCAGCUCUUAGUGCUUUACAUCUUUUGCAAGGCAUGAUGGGACAGCUUGCUUGUCAUACUACAGGGGUCCCCAAUUAUUUUUCUCUCCGGACCAAACUCUAUUAAGGACACAAAGCAAAGAUCCACUGCCACCGAUAUUCUGCUGAUUAAAAAAAUUCAUCGGGGUGGGGGCGGGCAUUUGAUUGUCUUUCCUGUUGGUUAAAUCUGCCUUAGGUAAAACACAAUGACGCAUGUGACGUGGUUUGGGAACACUGCCACAUACCAUGAUGAUAUGAGGCUUUUACGCUGGUCUCCCGAUUUCACAGCGAGUCUCCUGCUAUAGCCUAUAGGCGAUUCACAUUGAUUCUCAGGUGCUGGAUUAUGGCGAGGGCGUGGCCUGUUUUAUUAGGAGGGUUCAAAUCCAUAUCAAUAGACUCGAUGGAAGGCUAGGCCAGAAGAUUGGGAGGUGUUAAGGUGCCUUGCUAAUUCCAUUGAGUGUGACAUAUCUCGUACAUCCUUUGAAGUUUCAGAGACUGCCUUCCUUGAAGCAACUGCUUAUCUCAGCCAUGAGUGUGCAGUUAUCAAGUGUUCAUUAGGGUGAGGAUUAAAGGAUUUAAAAAAACAGUCCUAUCUGAAUUUGUCUCUAAAGAACCUGUGUCACACAAGAGAAAUGUCGGGGAUAUAAAUAUUGCCAUCCGCCAUGGACAUAUUCUCUAGAGUCCAUCUAAGUUAAUUGCUUUGAAGCAUUAAUGAUUGAAUCUUUUGUGUUCUAUCUAUAUAAAGAAUAAUUCACUCGGCACACUGAACAUUUCAUAUAAUAUGUGCUUUUAAAAUGUGCAAAUGCAAUGCAUCAGUUCCAUUUUGGAUAAAAAGUAAGUUAGAUUCCGAAAGCUUCAUAUUUUUUUCAGUCAGAUGCUGUCAGAUGACUGGAACGUGCUGAACCAAAUGGACAUACAACUGCUAUGUUUUGUAUUGAUGCCCAAUGCAAUAAAUGGAUAUUGACUGAUCAA